UCCCAGCAGCAGGAACAAAAAGACAUCUGAGACAUGUGGAUGGGGAGGAAAAUUGAGAGCACUUUGUGAGGCCGCCACCACGCUCCGGUUUCAUAAGAUCUCUGUCUGUCAGGCGAGGCGCGCUGUUUUUACGCAUCGCAUCCAUUCCUAGCCGCGCCGAGCUCUGCUGGGAGAAGACAGAGCGGCGGAGCGGUCUGUUUAUUCACACCAGUUCAGAACUCUUUUUUUUUUUUUUUGGUUAAUUUAUUCAUGUGUUUAAUUAUAGAUCCGUGUCUUUCUACGCGCGUUCUUGGAGAUGCGGGACAAGGUCUGCGUAAAAGGCGCGAUAUGGGCAGAUCUCGGAGAAUAUUUUUUUGCGACCUUUUCAACUUCCCAGCUCAGAUCGCCACCUGAUGCGUAAACAGGAGAAACGGCGGACUUCAGAGUGAUCCUGGCACAGCGGCACUCCGUACUCGGACACCUAGAAACCGAUCCGAACUCUUUCCCAGACAAACACGCGGGGGCCAUUAUUAGAGCCGUGUUGUUAUUUACUCAUUAAGCUCUGUUAGAGGCAAGACCGAACAGGUUGCUGGAGGUAAAGAAAGAGGGAGCCUCGCCUGAAAAACUGGCUCCAAUUCAUCAAGCGAUGGUGAGACGUGAGUCACCGGAGCGGCACAAGUAGAUUGGGGGCCAAAGAGGGAAAACCGCAUUCUGGCCGCGCGCACCAAGGCGCAAGGAGGAGGCGCCUCUUCGGCUUUCUCGAUGGAUUCUUCCAGCCCGCUUCUGCCUCAGAUGAGAAACUCUCUGCCGUGGACAGUAGCGAGCCGUGACGCCACGCUGUGAAAACAUGACGCACCGCAGCGCGCGGAGAGCCGCAGCAGGCGCGAGCGGCUCUGUUCCUGCGCACCGGGAGCGGAUUUCCCACGGGACAGCAGGUGGGACCAGAUGGAGGGUUUGGAGGAAGGAUAGACACAUUUCUUCUGUCAUGUCAGCAAAGGCCAAGGUCCUGCUUUGGGUGCUCAUCUCCUUGCUGCCGCUGGUGGAAGGAGCUCACAUGAGAGCCGCUGCUGCUGGUGGUGGACCGGGGUCAGACCUGAACCGUGCUGCAGGCCUUCUGGAGGCUCAGGAGGGGAGAGACUUUCCUGUCACGCUGCCAGAGGUGGUGGAGGACAAGGAGCAGGAGGAGGACAGCGAGCCGUACCCCACAUGGCACGCUCUAUAUGAGCCCUUUGUGAUGGAUGAGCUGGAUGACCAUCCCAGCGUCCGCUGGGCAGGGCGCUCCCCACGCUCCUCUGACCCCACAGCACCUCAACCCAAGGGGUCGCAAAAGAAGAAGAGACGAAAGAAGAAAGGAGAGGAUGAAGGAGAGGAGGCGGGAAACGCGGACAGAAGGGGGAAAGGUAAAAGCCGCCCCCCAAAACAGAGCAGCAGGGACUGCCGGGUGGAGAAGAAAGAGAUGAAGGUUCGGGACCUCGGACUGGGCUUUGAUUCGGACGAGAUCGUCCUCUUUAAGUUUUGUGUGGGCUCCUGCCAGAGCUCCAGGAUAAACUACGAUCUGGCGCUGAACGCGCUGCUGGAAAACGGCUCGCUUCCGCGCCGCGUCGCCCGGAAGGUGAGCAGGAACCCCUGCUGCCGGCCAGACCGCUACGAGCCGGUUUCCUUCAUGGACACCUCCACCACCUGGAGGACCAUAGAGUCGCUUUCAGCUGCCAGCUGCAUGUGCAUAGGCUGAACGGACGCUCAGUGCUGUGUGCAAAAAUAAAAAAAAGACCAGAGGGAGGCGCUGUCGCACAUAGGAAGUUACAGAGCCCGUGUGUUGGGUGCAGCUGGACGAAAAAGGGCUAAAAUCAGAGACUAAUGUGGAACAGCAGCAGGGAAUGAACAGACUGUUUUCACAUCCAUGUCGGACACAGGAUUCAGGAACCUGCGGGCCCCGGAACUCCUCCGAAAAAAACCCCGAACAAAAACUCCUAUCUAAACGUGUUUUGACUUUUUGUUGGAAGAGACCUGAGAUAAAAGAACAAAAAAGCCUAGUUAAAGGACUGACACUGUGUUUAUACUGUAACUUUAACUAAACGCUUACUGCAAACAGUGAAACCAGCACUUCCCAAAAAACCCCAACAGUCUGUUUCUGACCCCCACCCCCAUGUCCACCCCUCACCCCACCCCACACACACAAACAGAGACCUCACAUUAUAUCUUUUUCUAUACGUUCAGGUGAACUCAGCCUAAUGGAUGCCAUGCAUCUUCAUGUAUUACUGUGUAAGAGUAAGAUAUAUUUAUUACAGAUAAAUUAUUUAUUUAUUAUGGCUUCAUAUGAGAGCUGUUUUAUAUGGACUCUAUAAUGUAGAUACAAAUAUAUCUAUUUAUUGCCAAGAUU